AUGACCGCAGAAAUCGCCAAAAUACCACCACCGGUAGCCCCAAUUGAGCUCGAGAAUCGCUCACUAGCUGCAGGGUCAAAUUUCGCACCUAUAGGCACCCCCUCACGUUCAAUCUCCGCCGGCGAUGAAGAGAGUUCGCAAUUGAAGGACAGACCGCCAGAGGGCGUGACGAUCUUCGAGAGGCCCAACGUAUCAACCAUGAAGGGUGAGCUGCUGAGCAUGAAUUUCGCCGUCUUCAUUUCUGGAAUGAACGAUGGUAGCACUGGUGCGUUGAUACCGUACUUGCGCCCGGCAUAUGAUAUUGGGCUCUUGUUUGUUGCGGUUGUCUACCUAAUAAACUUUUCUGGCUGGCUUUUCGCCGCAUUCACAAACGUGCACUUAACGGCCCGCCUGGGCAUGGGCGGCGUCCUAACCCUCGGCGCGGCACUCCAACUUUCAGCAUACUGUUUAAUGUUCUGGAAACCCCCGUACCCACUCUUUGUAUGCUCGUUCUUCUUCUCCGGUUUGGGUAUAGCAUACCAAAACGCGCAGGCAAACGUACUCGUAGCGAACUUGAAUAACUCCCACAGAUGGUUGAGUAUCCUGCAUGCCACAUUCGGCGUUGGAGCCCUGCUCGGCCCGUUAAUUGCUACGACUAUCGCGGCGAGGACAGCGUAUUGGCAUUACUUCUAUCUGGUCACGUUGGGGUUGGCUGUUAUCAAUUUGGGAUUGUUGGCAUGGAUGUUUCGGGACGGGCUGUUUAAGGGAACUCCAGCUGCUAAGGAGAGUGCUAACCGGGACUUUAAGAAGGCGCUUUCCGAGAGGACAGUUAUUGUGCUUAGUUUGUUUUUCUUGUUGUAUGUUGGGAUGGAGAUUUCUGCUGGAGGUUGGGUCGUGGAGUUCCUCAUCCGAGCGCGGAAUGGUAAGCCUUCUAAGGUUGGAUACGUCGCAUCAGGUUUCUGGGGCGGUCUUACCUUGGGAAGGGUUGUCCUCGCGGACGUUACGCAUAGGCUUGGUGAGCGUAGGAUGGUCUUUGUCUAUAUCCUCCUUGCCCUCAUCGCGCAGUUGAUAUUCUGGUUCGUGCCCAAUAUCAUUGCGAAUGCGUUUAUGAUUUCACUCUUGGGAUUCUUCAUUGGUCCUUUCUUUCCUACUGGUAUCUCCGUGGCGACCAAGGUCCUUCCUAGAGAAUUACAUGUCGCAUCAAUUGGUUUCGCCGCAACAAUGGGACAAGCCGGAUCUGCAGCUUUUCCGUUCUUGACCGGGGCCAUUGCUGCGAAGUCCGGCGUUAGGGUUCUUCAACCUAUGCUUGUGGCGUUACUCGCUGGCAUGUCGAUAUUUUGGGCACUUAUUCCGCGUGCUUCCAGACACAUAUCCUAA